AUGGUUUCUCCAGGGAUUCCGGCAUCUUUCUGCGGCCUCUAUUCUCUCAAACCCUCGUACGGCCGCUUUCCUACAUGCGGACUCCGAGAUGGGCUCGCCGGGCAAGAGGCGGUGCGAAACGCAAUCGGACCAUUGGCAACGUCCCUGGCCAGCGUUGAGAUGUGGACCAAAGCCGUGCUGGAAAGCGAACCCUGGACGGGGGCCGAUCCAGACUGUCUUCCUAUCCCAUGGCGUGACAUUGUUGUACCAGAGAAGCUUUGUUUUGGUAGGUCCCAUUCUCAGACGUCUCAGGGGCUUCUUGGCAACGUCAAGCCUCUGCCUCCUGUGACUCGGGCUCUCCUGCAAACAAAGGCCGCUCUCGAAGCAGCGGGACACACGGUCUUUGACUUUCAUAUCGAUGAACCAUUGUAUACCGAGUCACUCAAGUUCGCUCUGUAUCGCUCUGCUGCCGCCGAACAGCUCGGAACCACACUUGCCAAAACCCAAGAGCCCUGGCCUCGGGGCUUCGGGAUGUUCGAGGCGAUGGCCACCAACCCCUGGCCAGCAUCGUCACAAUAUGAAUUCAUAUACGACGACUAUACUAGUCUCUGGAACGUGCUGGAUUACUGCGCCACAACUUUGCCUGUAACCCAUGUCUCCCUCGAAGAUGCAAGGCCAGAGUUCGAACCACGAAAUCAGCUCGAGACGAGGAUUUGGAAGGACUAUGCGGUCGAAGAUGUGAUUAGAUGUCCCGUCGCUUUUCAGCUCGUCGGGCAACGUCUGAACGAAGAAUUCGGUUUCAACAAUGGUGUCGGUGGUAGUUUGGUCGACCUCCCCAGUUGGGUCUCCACGUUUCCUCGCAUCGACACCGUCAACACCACAGGAUCGGAAAAGACAGAAAACAGUCGGGUCCAAGGGACGGUCAUUGCCUUGUACACUCUCGGUGCACUCUUUGGUGCCUUGUCGUGUAUCGUCUUGGGUGAUCGAUUGGGUCGAAGAAAAACCGUCAUGUUGGGAGCUUUGGUCCACACCUUGGGAAGCAUCAUUCAAGCCUCCUCUUUCUCCUUGGGUCAAUUGAUCGUCGGGAGGCUCGUGUCUGGUUUGGGUUUCGGUGCCAUGAGUGCGACGGCUCCAAACUGGCAGAGUGAAUGUUCCAAAGCCGCACACCGUGGGUCGGUCGUGCUUCUCGAGUCUUUAUUCAUCAGCGCCGGCUUGGCCGUACAAGGUUGGGUCUGUUACGGAAUCUCACACGCCGGAGGAGCCGUGACUUGGAGAUUUCCUUUGGCACUGACGGGACUUUUUUCAUUGGUGGUCAUCUUCACCAUGUCACAGAUGCCGGAAUCCCCCAGGUGGUUGAUCAAAAAGGAUCGACUGGAAGAGGCCAAGAGAGUCUUGUCGGCUCUCGACGACGUCUCAGACGACUCUCCAGAAGUCUCGACCGAAGUCGCCAACAUCCAAGAAUCUCUUCGUCUCACGGGUCAAGGCCAUUUCCGGGAAAUCUUCACAAACGGCCCGGAAAGACUCUUCCACCGUACCUGUCUGGCCGCGGGUGGUCAAGUGUUUCAACAAAUGUGUGGCAUCAACGCCUUGGCCUUUUAUCUACCCACCUUGUACAGUCAAUACUUGGGUCUCCCAGCUGCCGACUCUCAGAUCCUCGCGGCGUCGGUUUUUACCUUCCAGACGGUCUGUUCACCCAUCGGUGUCCUCACGGUCGACAGGCUGGGUCGUCGAAAAUUGAUGGUCGUUUCGGCCAUCGGGAUGGGUUGUUGCAUGACAAUCAUGACCGGCACUGUUUCGGUCCCCGCCGACAAAGGGGCUCAAAUUGUAUCUGCCCUCAUGAUAUUCUUGUUCAGCAUGUUUUUUCCCACAGGCUUCUUGGGUUUGACUUUUUUAUAUGCGAGCGAAAUUGCACCACUCAGUAUGCGUGUACCCAUCACUUCGAUAUCGACGGGGACGGCGUGGGCUUUUAAUUUCUUGGUGGCAGAAAUCACCCCUAUCGGUUUCGCCACGCUCAAAUACAGAUAUUUCAUCAUCUGGGCUUGUAUCAAUUUGUUGUUGAUAACACCAUGUGUAUUUUUCUUUUGGCCAGAAACUGCCGGUCGUACCUUGGAAGAAGUCGACAAUAUCUUUCUCGAAAGUAAAACCAUCUUUGACCCUGUCAGGGUGGCGAAACGAAUGCCACGGAACAUCCAUCUUCAGGUGUCACAAGACAUUCAUACAGAGACAGCCACAGGUGGAUCAGAGAAGCAGGAGGUCGUGAAUAAAGAGGACUGA